AUGGGAAACAAACUUCAAGUCGAUUCUCCAACCUUCCCGGACUCAUCUUGUCCUUCGUCCCUUUUCAUCGAUCCAGAAAAACGUCGUUCUACCAAUUCAGCCACCGCACUCUAUCCUUCAUCUCCAACCAAAACUAAACCUGGAUCUCCCGUCUCGUUGAAGGAUUCUGAAUCGACAUUCAUCUCUUCGGCUUCCAUGCUCGCCAUGAAUCCUUCGUCGCCAUUGGUCAUGAGACGACUUUCGAAAAAAUCGACAGAUUCUUUACCUCCUCAGUCAUCACCGCCCAUAUUUAAUGAUUCAAUUUUUGAUAGCAAGUAUCAUGAACUCACUGAUGAAGGAAGUGUGAACACUUCAGCAAAUGAAUUGUCAGAGAGAAAGAUGAAUGUCAUCUUGUUGGGAUGUGGAGGAAGUGCCAAAACAACGAUUUUUAAACAAUUGAAAUUGCUUGGAAAAAGAAGAGGAGAGUUAUUGCAAUCCUUUUGGCAAGAAGGCAUCAUUGCUCCAUGCUUUGACACUCUUAUUUCAAUAUUUAAUAGAAAAAAUUUGUAUUACCCAAAUGCAGAAUAUAAAAGUGCAGAAUCUGAGGAGACUGAACAAUCCGUGUUUGACAUGUUUGACACUAAGGGAAUAUUAAAUGUCACUCACUCAUCGAAUGGAAAAUUGAUUCAACAAAUUGUGGACAUGUGGGAUCAUGAACCAAUCUUGAAAAAGGUCUAUACGGAAAUGCUUUUAGAUAAUCAAGUAGAAUCUGUUGCAGUGGAGGAUAUUAAUUAUUACUUUUCUAGAGCUAUCAAAGUACACAAAGGAGAUAAGGCAACAGAUAAGGAUUUGUUAAUUUCUCAACGUAAAACAACUGGUGUGACACAUGUAGAGUUUCGUUUCGGUGGAGGAAAUACGGUUGCAAAUGUUUGGGAUUGUGGCGGCCAGAAGAAUGAAAGAAAAAAGUGGCCCAAAAUGCUGCGAGAGGCUGAAAAAUUGGGUGGAAAGAUAUUCUUUGUUUUCUGCGUAGCUCUUUCAGAAUAUAAUCAACUUUGUUACGAAGAUGACACCACCAACAGAACUACAGAAUCUCUCUCAAUUUUUGAAACCAUUGUAAAUUCUCCACAGUACAACACUCAUCCCAUCUUUCUCGUAUUUACCAAAAAGGAUAUUUUCAAACAAAAAUUAAGAUAUACCAAUCUCUCUGUUUGUUUUUCGGAUUGCCCAGACGACUUGAAACAUGAUGAAGAUACUUCCAAUAUUAAGAGAGAUUUGAUUCAAAAUUGGACUGGUUUUCUUGAAGAUCGCCGAACUGUCUCCGAUGAAAUCUACCAAAAAUCUCUCAAUUUUAUGAAAGAGAAAUUCCUAUCGAAAGUGCAAGAUCCCACUCGUCGAAAAACCAUCGAGAAAUACAUUAAGGUUAUUAAUGCAAUGGAUGCCGAUGAUAUUAAACAAGAGUUAGUUGAGAAUCUCUUUGAACAGGCCAUGCUUGAAUUGACGUAUCAAGACGAUAUGAUUCAUUUCAUUUAA